CAGUAAUCAUCGAAGCCGAGCUUGACUCCUUAUAUUGUAUUUUGAGCUUCUAGAUAUAAAUGAAGAUGUCUGGUUUGCCAAAUCAGUCGUGCUUCAAACCGAUCAAACCAUCUUCAAGACGCACGUCUAUUUCCCACACCAAGCCUCAAUCCAUUACACCACGAGACGACCAUCUCAAAAUGCCCCGCUGGACCAUUCACUACCCCGCCGGCGCCAUUUCGCGCGACGACAAGGACCAAAUCGCCGAAAAAGUAACCCAACUGUAUACCGACCUGGGACUCCCCGCGUUCUGGGUUAACGUCUUCUUCCACGAGCACUCCGUCGGCGGCUUCUACGCUGGUGGCAAAGCCAACCACAACUCGGUCUUCUUCCACAUCGAUCACGCAGCUCGAAAACCACAAUCCGAGGAGGCGCGCUUGAUGUUCGUUGAUAGGGUGGAUGGGAUUAUGCGGCCGGUUCUGGGAGAGAAGUGCAUGAAGUGGGAGUUCAACGUCUACGACCACCCUCGUGAUAAUUGGAGGAUCAAUGGCAUGAUUCCCCCUAUGGAUCACCCGGAGGUUUUGAAACAGUGGAUUGAGACGAAUGAGCCAGUUCCGUAUUGA